CCCAAUUUUACAUUUCAUUUCUUAUUUCAUUUUUCAGUCUCCCAACCGUUAAUUAGCUGCUGAAAAAGAAUUCCUAGAGAGAGAAAAUAGAGGUGGUUUUUGAUCAGCUAAACAAGGGGCCGACCUGAGAUCAUUAACAAACCCUAGCUCAAAAAACCAUGUGGAGAAGACUCUCUGCACAGCUCAGAACCCUAUCUCCAUGCCGCCGAUCGGCUUCCACACCCAACCGAUUCCUCACCGGCACCAUCUCUCCUUCGCCGUCCCCGCUCCGGCCUGCUGUCACUCUCUUCUCUCGCCACUUCGCUUCAGAAUCCGGAGAUAAUGUUGUUUCCAAGAAGAGAGUCGAAGAUGUAAUGCCUAUUGCGACUGGACAUGAGCGCGAGGAGCUGGAAGCUGAGCUUGAAGGACGGAACAUUCUGGAUGUUAACUUUCCUGUAGGUCCUUUUGGUACAAAGGAAGCACCUGCUGUCAUCAAGUCCUACUACGACAAGAGAAUUGUUGGAUGUCCCGGGGAUGAAGGCGAAGACGAGCAUGAUGUUGUUUGGUUCUGGCUAGAGAAAGGCAAGCCACAUGAAUGCCCUGUGUGCUCACAGUAUUUUGUGUUGGAAGUGGUCGGCCCUGGAGGACCUCCAGACGGGCAUCAUGAUGAUGAAGAUCACCACUGAUUGCAGCUAGCAAUUCGUACUGGAAUAAAAUCUGGUAAAAUGAUGAGAAAGUGUCAAGUAUAUUCUGCAGCUUAAAAAAUUCAAAAGCUUUGUGUUUUGUUUGCUCUUGACGAGUCUUAUUUCUCAUGGACAGUUGUUUUGGCAACAUAUCACUCCGAUAAUUUUUCCCCCCCACUUUUGGAAUUUUAAACAUGGGCUGGUCAUCGCUUUGGAAUUAUGGAUCCUAUUAGUUUACACUGAUGCAUCAUCAUCACUAAAUAAUUGAUGGCUACAAUGUUAUUCGUCUUUAAAA